GGUGAUGGAUCAUUAUGUGCCUUCAUGUGGAAAUUACGUUAUGUAUGGCCCGUCUUGGUCUCCGUAGGCGCAAAGAAACAGCUGAUCAGCUGGUAUUUUGUGAAAGGAUCUAGUUAGUACUGGCGGGGUUAGCAGAGCGCGGACAAUGAUUGAGUCAGUUUGUUUUUAUUUUGCGUGGAAGGUCAAUCGUAAGUUCAUCCAACGAACCAUGAUUCGCUCGGUCCAUAUAGUCGCCUGAUUAUAGUUUAAGGUUUCUUACUGUUCGUCUGGGAUUAAUUUCAGAAAUGUUUCAACAGAACUUCGUAUGUAUAUAGAAACUUGACCAUAGAAUGGAAUUCAUAUGAAUGAGCGGAUGACGGAGACAUCAACACGACCCCCGGCCCUGCGCCCCGAGCCGGCCCUUGGGGUCAAGGUGGCCAAAACUGACGCCCCCUUCUGGGUCAAGUUGGUCAGCGCCGGGACGGGGGCCUGCUUGGCCGAUGUGGUCACGUUUCCUCUCGAUACAACCAAAGUCCGACUGCAGGUACAAGGAAAUGUUGGCGGGGCUCCCAGCAAGUAUUCCGGUAUAUUCCGGACCAUUUUCACUAUAUUCAGCGAGGAGGGAGUCGGUGGGUUAUACAGAGGACUAAUACCGGGCUUACAGAGGCAACUUGCAUUUUCUACCAUAAAACUGGGCUGUUAUGAUGAUGUGAAGGAUAUGUAUUCCAGUCUGAUAUUUAGUGAAGAUAAUAGGCCCACCAAGACGCCGGUAUUUGUCCGGGUUUUGGCGGGAAGUACCACGGGGAUAUUGGCCGUGGCGGUCGCACACCCGACGGAUGUCGUCAAGGUCCGCAUGCAGGCUCAGUUCGGCAACAACCUUGGUCGCUAUGCUAACUCUACAGAUGCUUACAAAAAGAUAUUCACCAAGGAGGGAAUGAAAGGACUUUGGCGAGGUUGUUUACCAAAUAUGACACGGAAUGGAAUCGUCAAUAUAGGGGAGGUGGUGACCUAUGACAUCAUCAAAGAUCAUCUUAUACACAGUAACAUAAUGUCCAAUGGAACUCCCUGUCACCUGGUGUCGGCCUUCGCCGCCGGGUUUUGUGGCACAGUGUUGGCAUCGCCUGUCGAUGUGGUUAAAACACGUUUUAUGAACUCUAUGCCUUCCCAAUACAAAGGCGUCUUACACUGCACUACGGUUCUAUGGCGGGAGUUGGGGUUUGCAGGAUUUUAUAAAGGAUUUGUACCUGCACUUCUACGGAUCGGAACAUGGAAUGUACUGAUGUUCCUGAGUUACGAACAAAUGAAAAUUAUCAUGCAACCCGAUUCGGUACACAGAUUUUCCCCACAAGAGAAUGUUGAAAGAGCAGCAAAACACAUUCUAUUCAAAGAAAAGCAUGCAUCUGUUAAAUAGUGCUAUAAAUAGCAAAGUUCUUUUAUUUUUAUAACAAUAAGUCUGCUGAUUAAAGGUUGUUUAUAUGUACAUGAAUAAUAUAUUUUAUCUGCUUUUUCACCACUUAUUUCACUUUCAUACUGAACAUGAUGUCAGGAGGGGUUACUUUGUUCAAUUCACUUAUACAGUGUCAGAUCCAGGGGGAAAUUGAGAGGCCAAAUAAAUGUUAUUUCUUAUGUCUUAAAUUCUAUAUUGAGCCAAAAAAUGUGUUCCUUUUCAUGUAAUGAAGCCCGUCCCAGCCCCCCCCCCCCCCAUUUUAUCUCAGGUAAACUUGAAUCUGGCACUGUUAGAUCUUUAUUCAAUACCCUGUGAUUUCUGUAUUAUUUUAGAGUGAUAUUUUGUGUAUGGACCCUAUGGGGUGUUUGUAUUUCUAUGCAAUGCAUACAGUUUUAUCUCUUAUAGACAGGGAUUAUGUUUACUGUAUAUUUAUUGCA